GGACAAUUAGUCAUCCGGGGGAUACGAUACGCAGCCAUGAGAGCUGAGCCUCAAUCCAACCUGUGCUCAAUUGACCGAGUGUGCAGAUAAUGUUGGAGCAGAGAUACACAAAUAGAGUAUCUCCGGAGACUUGCCGCUGCUUAACAAUGGUCAAUGACUGAGCGUGGCACCGCGCUAUGAUCCAAUAUGCAUGUGCGCGCCUCCUCCCUGUUGCUGUGGUUUUGCUCCUCCACCUUCGCACUCUCCCAUGUCAUUCCACACGGAAGGAGAUCUUUCGACGAUGAUGAAUAUACAGGCAAUGAUGAUCUUGUGCAGACAUGGUCAGAUAGUGACGAUAGCACUUCUGUGAGGUUCGCGUCUCUAUGUGACAAUUGCUUUGGCUCCAUUGAUAUUAGCUAUAUAUUUGAGAUUCGCAUCUCCAGCACACAAUUUGCCUGUGGGGAGACAAAUGUCACCCUCAAUCAUCGGGACCUGGACCUCGUAUGGCAUGGCGACAAUGGGAUCGGUUCCGGAAUUUUCCCUGCUAACAUGACCAGCGGAUAUCAAACCCAUGAAUUGUCUCUCAACUACCUCGGGUUUUGCAUAUCUAGCCCUCAAGGUGUUGGAGCGCAAUACACUGCCCAAAUACUCACAGUGACUUUCCAGCCAACAAAUCAGAUAACGGACAAUGAUCGUACGUCGGGAUUCGCGGUUUCGUUCAACUCAGUUGGAGCUCCCCGGAUAUACCAUCUAGUGGCAUCUCCUAUUGAAAUUUCAGACGAGAAUGCAUUUGACUCAUGGGUAGACCCUCUUGACCCUUUCAAUUUACCGAUCUCUACGGACAAAACCGCGAGCAGCGACUACAUUCUGUACGAUGACCUUAAAACCUUACAUUCCCUUAAAGCCCAGGCCCAGGAGCUGCAGGAGAAGAUUAAAUCCAAAGAACAAGAAAUCCGAAAGCAUCUACUCCAGGACUGUAAAUCCAUGGCAAUGCGGCUUAAAGAGUGCACAAGUUUAUCUUGUUUCAUCAGGACCUCAUUCGAAAUAGUUCCGGACGCAUUUCGCCUUGUAAAGCACCAAUUUGGCCCACUCCCGUCUUCUCUCUCAGGCAGUCCAUGUCGCCCACCUCCAGAUGCCUCAUAUCAAGCCCCUUCCUCCCAAGACACAGGAUCACCUUCCAACAACCUGAAUCCGAACGCGCUCUCAACACCGCAAUCCACUCCGUCUCCAAAUCCCUCUAGCUCUACUUCCACUCCUCAAUCCACCACCAUCCCAACACACCUGACCAACUCUCCCCCUUCUAACUACUAUGACGAUCUCCCCAACUGUCACGAUCAACAUCCACCUAACCAAAACUUUCCCCCUAAGUGUCGCCAUGUCCUACAUGGCCAUAAUAUCCCUAAUAGUCACGAUAUUUCUGUUCGAAACCCUUCCAUCCUGCUAAAGGACCUUGCAAUAAUCCUUCUAAUCGCCUCUCUUUUUGUCGUCCUCAUAAAACACUGCCGCAACUCCCCCUCCUGGCUGCGGCGACGUGUCGAUAUCGCUACCCGUCGCGAGGAACGCCGUACGCGGAAUGCGUACCUAAAUGCCGCGCGCAGAUAUAGAUGGCGUCAGUGGUGGAACAAUCGUUUUGGGCGGGGCAGGGGACGGGAAGUGGAAGCUUCGAGACAUUCGCAGCAGGGGCGGCAGCAGGAACGGAACAUGCUUAUAAGGGUUAAUGAGGAGUGUGGGAACGGAGGCGGUAAUUCUAGUAAUAUGACAGCAGUGCGCGAAGAGGGAGCUACAGGAGCAGGAGAAGGAGGAGGAGAAGCCAUUCAAGCAGAGAUUCUCGGAUUCCGUAGGGUUCUCGAGUUCGUGGGCGAACUUGUCCGGCCAGAUUACAUGCAUUUUAACUAUGACGACGACAAUAACAACCGCAGUAGCGAUAAUUCGCGCCGUCGAGGAACUGGUAAUCAAGGGACCGGGAGCUAUCAAAGCGAUAUUUCCCAAUUACCCUACCCCGCCACAGCUCCCGGUGUUGGUGUUGGUCGCUCGUCGACGCCAGCGCCAUCGUCGGUUGCGCCGUUGACUACCACCAUCUAUUCGCCGCGGACAAGCACAGUGUUGAGCAUCGAAACGGAUUCCUCACUUACAUUGGAUAGUUUGGAUCCCGAGACGGCGACGAUGUUCAGUGGGUAGCUGUACAGAUUUAAGAAAGAGAAAGCAAGGGGUUUCCUGGAUAUAACGAUUUUUAUAUACUUCAUUUUAUUUAUUGAUGUAUUACUUUGCUGCCGGUCUUUCAGACGUAGCUUUUAUUCCGCCCCAUUGAAAAGAGAGGGCUGGAUGGAGAGCCAAAGUUCAACUCUGCCUUUACUUCGCUUCCCUUCACUUCCCCUUUACGUUCUUGGUAUAUCCCAUUUCCUACUAAUAUGGAGUUCUAACAUUAGCCCUAGUUUGGUUUCUGGUUGGGACUACCUAGGUAUCUAUUCACUUCCUAGGUUUGUCCUGGUAAUAAGGGGGGGUGUUGUCCUUUUCCCUACGGCUGUAUUUCAUGUUUUCUUCUAGCCCCUACCUCUGAUUUUUCCCCCGUUUCCCCUCUUAUUUUAAACCAACUACUUUUUUUAUCUCUUCCCUUUUGCGAUCACCCUCUUGUAUACGUCCCACUGAUCUGGAUGCCAUAUAUCUUAAUGUUUGACUUGUUCAUACUUAAUAGAAAGUCGUAUACUCCGUACGUUAGCCGAACUCCUCCAGCAACUCAAAACGGAGUAAAAGCCCGACGCCGUAUCUCACUGCAAAUGCCAUCACAUAUUCCAAGUACGGUGUAGAUGACAAAUGAUAUGCGUUAGUUGCAUCUUCUGCACCUCACGUUGUCUAUUUGAUUCUGUAUAUUGCGUAUGUAUCGGGCUACUCCACCUUCACAAACGCUACCAUUUCACUCUACUCCUUGGCAUAACUGUCUCCUCCCCCAACAAUUGCUGUUCCCCAGUAGCUUUAACAGAAAGCAAGAAAGUCGUCCUAUUAUUAGAACUUAACUGCCGUUGAGCUCAAUUUCUGCAGUUGAUAGACAACUAGUUACAUGUACAAAUAUAACAUGCGCCCGCGGUAUGAUGGAUGCAGAUAAAAAUGAAAUAAAACAAAAAGGAAAAAGAAGAAGCAAGAACAACUCCGACUACCCUCCAAACAUUCCACGAACUAUAACUCAUCAAUACAUUAGCGAAAUGAAAGAAACAAACAGGCAUGGGAAAAAGGGUAAACCCCAUGAAAAGAAAAUAAUACAAAGUCGAGAAAAGAAGAGAAAAAAAUAGAGCACGUAACACAGGACUAGCCCCUCAAAUCUUCGAUUUCUUCGUCGAGGACGCAUCCCUCACAUUCUCUACUCCCCCCUCUGCUGCUCCCGCUUCUCCACCACCAUCCCCGUCCCCGUCCCCGUCAUCCUCAUCCUCGAACACAAUAAACUUCCUCUUCCCCCUCUCCCUCACCGGCCCACCUUCUCCACCUCCAAGGCACCCAUUUUCCCCCUCCCCCUCACGCGCCACCCGCUUCUCAAAAGCCUUAAGCAACCCAUCAUACCCCUCCUCCACAUUCCCCACCGUCUCCUCCAACUUCCCCAAGCGCUCAUCCCUGUCCAACUGAAUCAACAAAUCCCGAUGCCGCUUGUACAACCGCUGCUUAACAAGCAUGCGCCACCAGUAAUACCGCCGAUCAUGCUCGUUGGGCGCGCGCCAUUUCUGCACGAGCAGGCGUGCCGUGAGUGUGCUACCUGUCCCUGUGCCGCCAGCACCCAAGCCCAUGCCCAUGCCGCUACCGCGGUGGGAGGCGGGGAUUUGACUAAGGAGGUACAUUUCGACGAUGUGCGCAAAUUGGACGGGAGCCAGUUUAUAUUGGAUGCGAAGGUCGUGGAGGGUGGAGGUGGGGAUGAGAGAGGAGGUGGGCAUAAAGCGGGGACGGCGUGCGCGGCGGGCUUUCUUCGUCUCGGUGUCUUUACUGUUGUUGUUGCCAAUUUCGUUGUCUGGCGGAUACGGGUCGGCGUUUAUGCUUAUUUUGUGUUUGAGGAAUUCUGGGACGAGGGUUUUGUAGUCGUUUCUGUCGCGGAGAUAGUCGAAGGCUUCGUUGGGGUCUUCGACGGUGAGUUCGUGUAAGGUGGGAUCGGCGAGGCAGGCGGAGUGGAUUGUGUGGUAGAGUUGUGAGCCGUGUCCGGAUUGCUGAUGGGGGUGCAAGAUGAGAAAUUGGGCGAUGCGGAGGCGGGCAGGUAGUUGGGCGAUGGAAAUUUCUUCGGCGUAAGGGAAGGGGAUGUCGAUGACUUUAUGGCUUUUGGUGUUGCUGGGUUCAGGGAGAUAGAAGUACCAUCGAUACGUGGUUGCGAAGCCUACGAAUGAGUAUGAUGGCGCGUUAGGGGUAGGAGGAUCUAUCUUCUCGUAGCUAUUACAGAAAAGAAAUUAGAAGUUAGUACGAAGUCAAUUGAAUAGUCUACGUGGACAUCAAGGUGCUUACACAAAAUAGACCGUCCAUCUCUGUAGAGUCCAUUC